AUGUCACAGCCCGGAAGCCCCGCCCAUUCCAGGCCGAUGCCCACGUUCUUCUUGGGGCCGGACGAUGAAGGAGACACUGUGGACCUGAGCUCAGACAUGGAGGUCUACGGGGAGGACGAGGAGCCGGACUCUCCUCCGGAGCGUCAGAUCUUGGUGGGGAUCUGCUGCAUGAUGAAGAAGUCCAGGUCCAAACCCAUGACCCAGAUCCUGGAGAGACUCUGUCGGUUCCACUACAUCACAGUCGUCAUGUUCCCCGAGGACGUCAUCCUCAACGAGCCCGUGGAGCUGUGGCCUCUGUGCGACUGCCUGGUCUCCUUCCACUCCAAAGGUUUCCCGUUGGACAAAGCCGUGCAGUACGCCAAACUCAGGAACCCUCUACUACUCAACGAUCUCAACAUGCAGUACUACAUACAGGACAGGAGGGAGGUGUACAGGAUCCUUCAGGAGGAGGGCAUUGACCUCCCACGAUACGCCGUCCUCAACCGAGACCCGGACCACCCUGAAGAGUGUAACCUUGUGGAGGGCGAGGACCAUGUGGAGGUGAACGGGGAGAUCUUCCAGAAACCAUUUGUGGAGAAACCAGUUUGUGCCGAGGACCAUAACGUCUACAUUUACUACCCCACGUCAGCAGGGGGCGGCAGCCAGCGCCUGUUCCGGAAGAUCGGCAGUCGCUCCAGUGUGUACUCUCCUGAGAGCAGUGUGAGGAAAACUGGAUCUUACAUCUAUGAAGAGUUCAUGCCGACGGACGGAACUGACGUGAAGGUGUACACCGUGGGCCCGGACUACGCCCACGCUGAGGCCCGGAAGUCUCCCGCUCUGGACGGGAAAGUGGAGCGGGACAGCGAGGGCAAAGAGGUGCGGUACCCGGUCAUGCUGUCGGCCAUGGAGAAGCUGGUGGCACGGAAGGUCUGCCUGGCCUUCAAGCAAACGGUGUGUGGCUUCGACCUGCUGCGCGCCAGUGGUCACUCGUACGUGUGCGACGUCAACGGGUUCAGCUUUGUCAAGAACUCCAUGAAGUACUACGACGACUGCGCCAAAAUACUGGGAAACCUGGUGAUGCGGGAGCUGGCUCCACAGUUCCACAUCCCAUGGUCCGUCCCCACAGAGGCGGAGGACAUCCCCAUCGUACCCACCACCUCCGGGACCAUGAUGGAGCUGCGGUGUGUGAUUGCGGUGAUCCGGCACGGAGACAGGACGCCCAAACAGAAGAUGAAGAUGGAAGUGCGCCACCCCAUGUUUUUUGAUCUCUUUGAUAAAUACGGUGGAUAUAAAACGGGAAAACUGAAGCUGAAGAAACCCAAACAGCUGCAAUUUUGCUGUGAUGCAGUGACACCUCUCGUCCUGCAGGAGGUGCUGGACAUCUCCAGGCAGCUGCUCUCAGACCUGGGGGCGCUGGUCGACUGUGAGAUCGAGGAGAAGAAGUCCAAACUGGAACAACUCAAGACCGUCUUGGAAAUGUACGGGCACUUCUCUGGCAUCAACAGGAAAGUGCAGCUGACGUAUCUGCCUCACGGUCAGCCCAAGACGUCCAGCGAGGAGGAGGACUCGCGCAGAGAAGGUCCCUCUCUGCUCCUGGUCCUGAAGUGGGGAGGAGAACUCACCCCCGCGGGACGAGUGCAGGCGGAGGAGCUGGGGAGGGCUUUCAGAUGCAUGUAUCCAGGAGGACAAGGGGACUAUGCCGGGUUCCCGGGGUGUGGCCUCCUGCGGCUCCACAGCACGUACAGACACGACCUGAAGAUCUACGCCUCGGAUGAAGGACGUGUGCAGAUGACGGCCGCCGCCUUCGCCAAGGGUCUGCUGGCGCUGGAGGGAGAGCUGACCCCGAUCCUGGUCCAGAUGGUGAAAAGUGCGAAUAUGAACGGGCUCCUGGACAACGACUGUGACUCUCUGAGCGGCUGUCAGCACCGGGUGAAGAACCGGCUCCACGAGAUCCUCCAGAGAGACCGGAUCUUCACUGAGGAGGACUACCAGAGGCUGGCUCCCAUGAACAGCCCUUCUCUGGUAAACUCCAUGAAGCUGGUGGAAAACCCGGUCCAGACCUGUGACCGGGUCUACGCCCUGAUCCAGAGUCUCACUGCCCAGAUCCGGACCCGAAUGGAGGACCCCACAUCAGCAGAUCUGCAGCUGUACCACUCUGAGUCCCUGGAGCUCAUGUUGCAGCGUUGGUCCAAACUGGAGCGAGACUUCCGGAUGAAGAACGGCAGAUUCGACAUCAGUAAAAUCCCCGACAUUUACGACUGUGUGAAGUACGACGUGAUCCACAACUGCAGCCUGGGUCUGGAGGACACGCUGGAGCUGUUCAGACUCAGCAGGGCCUUGGCCGACAUAGUCAUCCCCCAGGAGUACGGCAUAAAUAAGUCUGAGAAACUGGACAUUGCGUACGCCUACUGCCUCCCGCUCGUGCGCAAGAUUCUGAUGGACCUGCAGCGAACGCACGAGGACGAGUCUGUGAACAAACUACACCCUCUAUAUUCCCGCGGUGUCAUGUCUCCGGGGCGACACGUCAGGACUCGUCUUUACUUCACGUCUGAGAGUCACGUCCACUCUUUACUGUCGCUGUUUAGAUUCGGAGGACUGCUCGACGAGCAGAAGGAUCAGCAGUGGAGGAGAGCCAUGGACUAUCUCAGCGCUGUAUCUGAACUCAACUACAUGACUCAGAUCGUCAUCAUGCUGUACGAGGACAACAACAAGGAGCUGUCCUCAGAGGAGCGGUUCCAUGUGGAGCUCCAUUUCAGUCCUGGGGUGAAGGGGGUGGAGGAGGACAACCCGCCUCUGGGCUUCGGCUUCAGGCCUGCGUCUGCGGAGGUGGCCCAGCAGGUGGAGGCGGCACAGCCUGGAGGAGGCAGCUUCAGCCUGGGACGGAGAAGACAUCCCUCACCUCUUCUGAACAACGGCCCCAAACACACAGACAGCCUGGAAGACCUGAGCAGAGCGCCCUCUGUUGGAGACGAGGGAGACAGCAAGAGCAGAACGCCUCCCGAUGGAGAAGAAGGGGAACGCAGCGAGACCGACCGACAUGCCCCCCUCUCUGAGCCAAUCAGCAUCCAGAGACGAUCCCCACUCAUCCGCAACCACAAGACCGGAUCUAUGGAGGUUCUGUCUGAGAUCUCCUCAUCCAAAGGAGGCAGUUAUCGCCUCUUCUCCCUGUGUUCGCGACAGUCUCCAGAGAUGAAGCAGAGCGGCCUGGGCUCUCAGUGCGCAGGACUCUUCAGCACCACAGUCCUCGGAGGCUCCUCUAGCGCCCCCAACCUGCAGGACUACGCCCGCGCGCACCGCAAAAAAUAUUCUUCCGCCUCGCUCUCCUACAAGGACGGCACUAAAGACGAUUCGUCGGUUGUAGCCCCGCCCCCCGGGUGUUCUGCUGCAGACCAACAAUUGGACCAACCACACACCACCUCACCCUCUCACCUGCACCAACCACACUCCACCUCACCCUCUCACCUGCACCAACCACACACCACCUCCCCCUCUCACCUGCACCAACCACACUCCACCUCCCCCUCUCACCUGCACCAACCACACUCCACCUCCCCCUCUCACCUGCACCAACCACACUCCACCUCACCCUCUCACCUGCACCAACCACACACCACCUCCCCCUCUCACCUGCACCAACCACACUCCACCUCCCCCUCUCACCUGCACCAACCACACUCCACCUCACCCUCUCACCUGCACCAACCACACACCACCUCCCCCUCUCACCUGCACCAACCACACUCCACCUCCCCCUCUCACCUGCACCAACCACACUCCACCUCACCCUCUCACCUGCACCAACCACACUCCACCUCCCCCUCUCACCUGCACCAACCACACACCACCUCCCCCUCUCACCUGCACCAACCACACUCCACCUCCCCCUCUCACCUGCACCAACCACACUCCCCUCCCCCUCUCACCUGCACCAACCACACUCCACCUCCCCCUCUCACCUGCACCAACCACACCACCUCCCCCUCUCACCUGCACCAACCACACUCCACCUCCCCCUCUCACCUGCACCAACCACACCACCUCACCCUCUCACCUGCACCAACCACACCACCUCCCCCUCUCACCUGCACCAACCACACACCACCUCCCCCUCUCACCUGCACCAACCACCACCUCACCCUCUCACCUGCACCAACCACACACCACCUCCCCCUCUCACCUGCACCAACCACACCACCUCACCUCACCUGCACCAACACACUCCACCUCCCCCUCUCACCUGCACCAACCACACUCCACCUCCCCCUCUCACCUGCACCAACCACACUCCACUCCCCCUCUCACCUGCACCAACCACACUCCACCUCACCCUCACCUGCACACAACCACACUCACCUCCCCCUCACCUGCACCAACCACACACCACCUCCCCCUCUCACCUGCACCAACCACACUCCACCUCCCCCUCUCACCUGCACCAACCACACCACCUCCCCCUCUCACCUGCACCAACCACACUCCACCUCCCCCUCUCACCUGCACCAACCACACUCCACCUCACCCUCUCACCUGCACCAACCACACUCCACCUCCCCCUCUCACCUGCACCAACCACACUCCACCUCCCCCUCUCACCUGCACCAACCACACCACCUCCCCCUCUCACCUGCACCAACCACACCACCUCCCCCUCUCACCUGCACCAACCACACUCCACCUCCCCCUCUCACCUGCACCAACCACACCACCUCCCCCUCUCACCUGCACCAACCACACACCACCUCCCCCUCUCACCUGCACCAACCACACCACCUCACCCUCUCACCUGCACCAACCACACACCACCUCCCCCUCUCACCUGCACCAACCACACCACCUCACCCUCUCACCUGCACCAACCACACUCCACCUCCCCCUCUCACCUGCACCAACCACACUCCACCUCCCCCUCUCACCUGCACCAACCACACACCACCUCCCCCUCUCACCUGCACCAACCACACUCCACCUCACCCUCUCACCUGCACCAACCACACACCACCUCACCCUCUCACCUGCACCAACCACACUCCACCUCCCCCUCUCACCUGCACCAACCACACUCCACCUCCCCCUCUCACCUGCACCAACCACACUCCACCUCCCCCUCUCACCUGCACCAACCACACCACCUCCCCCUCUCACCUGCACCAACCACACUCCACCUCCCCCUCUCACCUGCACCAACCACACUCCACCUCCCCCUCUCACCUGCACCAACCACACUCCACCUCCCCCUCUCACCUGCACCAACCACACCACCUCCCCCUCUCACCUGCACCAACCACACUCCACCUCCCCCUCUCACCUGCACCAACCACACACCACCUCCCCCUCUCACCUGCACCAACCACACUCCACCUCCCCCUCUCACCUGCACCAACCACACUCCACCUCCCCCUCUCACCUGCACCAACCACACUCCACCUCACCCUCUCACCUGCACCAACCACACUCCACCUCCCCCUCUCACCUGCACCAACCACACUCCACCUCCCCCUCUCACCUGCACCAACCACACUCCACCUCCCCCUCUCACCUGCACCAACCACACUCCACCUCCCCCUCUCACCUGCACCAACCACACCACCUCCCCCUCUCACCUGCACCAACCACACUCCACCUCCCCCUCUCACCUGCACCAACCACACACCACCUCCCCCUCUCACCUGCACCAACCACACUCCACCUCCCCCUCUCACCUGCACCAACCACACUCCACCUCACCCUCUCACCUGCACCAACCACACUCCACCUCCCCCUCUCACCUGCACCAACCACACUCCACCUCCCCCUCUCACCUGCACCAACCACACACCACCUCCCCCUCUCACCUGCACCAACCACACUCCACCUCACCCUCUCACCUGCACCAACCACACACCACCUCCCCCUCUCACCUGCACCAACCACACACCACCUUUACUCACUCACUUAAACACCUACAAUUUGUCUCUUCACGCUGAUCCCUUCUUCUCUCAGAACCGCUAA